AUGACCAACGAGCUGGAUAUCUUCGUGGGGAACACGACCCUCAUCGACGAGGACGUGUACCGCCUCUGGCUGGAUGGCUACUCGGUGAACGAUGCGGUGGCCCUGCGGGUGCACUCGGGAAUCCUGGAGCAGACGGGCGCCACGGCCGCCGUGCUGCAGAGUGACACCAUGGACCACUACCGAACCUUCCACAUGCUGGAGCGCCUGCUGCACGCCCCGCCCAAGCUGCUGCACCAGCUCAUCUUCCAGAUCCCGCCCUCCCGGCAGGCGCUGCUCAUUGAGAGGUACUAUGCCUUCGACGAGGCCUUCGUGCGCGAGGUCCUGGGCAAGAAGCUGUCCAAGGGCACCAAGAAGGACCUGGAUGACAUCAGCACCAAGACCGGCAUUUCCCUUAAAAGCUGCCGGAGACAGUUCGACAACUUUAAGCGGGUCUUCAAGGUGGUGGAGGAGAUGCGGGGCUCACUGGUCGAUAACAUCCAGCAGCACUUCCUUCUCUCCGACCGGCUGGCCAGAGACUAUGCCGCCAUCGUCUUUUUUGCCAACAACCGCUUUGAGACGGGGAAGAAGAAGCUGCAGUAUCUGAGCUUUGGCGACUUCGCCUUCUGUGCCGAGCUCAUGAUCCAGAACUGGACCCUUGGAGCCGUCGGUGAGGCCCCCACUGGCCCAGACUCCCAGGUGGAUGACAUGGAUGUGGACUUAGACAAAGAGUUUCUCCAGGACCUGAAGGAGCUCAAAGUGCUGGUGGCUGACAAGGACCUUCUGGAUCUGCAUAAGAGCCUGGUGUGCACCACCCUCCGGGGAAAGAUCGGUGUCUUCUCCGAGAUGGAAGCCAACUUCAAGAACCUCUCGCGGGGGCUGGUGAAUGUGGCUGCCAAGCUGACCCACAACAAGGACGUCAGAGAUCUCUUUGUGGACCUGGUGGAGAAGUUUGUGGAGCCCUGCCGCUCUGACCACUGGCCGCUGAAUGAUGUGCGGCUGUUCUUGAACCAGUAUUCAGCGUCGGUCCACUCCCUGGAUGGCUUCCGGAUGCUGCCCUUCGCCUCCUGCCUCCCCGGCUCGCUGCUGCUCUGGGCGCUGCUGCUGCUGCUCCUGGGGGCAGCGUCUCCCCAGGACUCGGAGGAGCCCGACAGCUACACGGAAUGCACAGAUGGCUAUGAGUGGGACCCUGACAGCCAGCACUGCCGGGACGUCAACGAGUGCCUGACCAUCCCCGAGGCCUGCAAGGGGGAGAUGAAGUGCAUCAACCACUAUGGGGGCUACUUGUGCCUGCCCCGCUCCGCCGCCGUCAUCAACGACCUGCACGGCGAGGGGCCGCCGCCGCCAGUGCCCCCCGCUCAGCACCCCAACCCCUGCCCGCCAGGCUACGAGCCCGAUGAGCAGGAGAGCUGUGUGGACGUGGACGAGUGCACCCAGGCCCUGCACGACUGCCGCCCCAGCCAGGACUGCCACAACCUGCCCGGCUCCUACCAGUGCACCUGCCCCGAUGGCUACCGCAAGAUUGGGGUUGAAUGUGUGGACAUAGACGAGUGCCGCUACCGCUAUUGCCAGCACCGCUGCGUGAACCUGCCGGGCUCCUUCCGCUGCCAGUGCGAGCCCGGCUUCCAGCUGGGGCCCAACAACCGCUCCUGUGUGGAUGUGAAUGAAUGUGACCUGGGGGCUCCCUGUGAGCAGCGCUGUUUCAACUCCUACGGGACCUUCCUGUGCCGCUGCCACCAGGGCUACGAGCUGCACCGGGAUGGCUUCUCCUGCAGCGAUAUCGACGAGUGCAGCUACUCUAGCUACCUCUGCCAGUACCGCUGUGUCAAUGAGCCAGGCCGCUUCUCCUGCCACUGCCCACAGGGCUACCAGCUGCUGGCCACGCGCCUCUGCCAAGACGUUGACGAGUGUGAGUCCGGUGCACACCAGUGCUCUGAGGCCCAGACCUGUGUCAACUUCUAUGGGGGCUACCGCUGCGUGGACACCAACCGCUGCGUGGAGCCCUAUGUGCAGGUGUCCGACAAUCGCUGCCUCUGCCCGGCCUCCAACCCGCUGUGCCGCGAGCAGCCCUCCUCCAUCGUGCACCGCUACAUGAGCAUCACCUCGGAGCGGAGCGUGCCCGCCGACGUGUUCCAGAUCCAGGCGACCUCCGUCUACCCCGGCGCCUACAACGCCUUCCAGAUCCGCGCUGGGAACUCGCAGGGGGACUUCUACAUCAGGCAAAUCAACAACGUCAGCGCCAUGCUGGUCCUCGCCCGGCCGGUGACGGGCCCCCGGGAGUAUGUGCUGGACCUCGAGAUGGUAACCAUGAACUCCCUCAUGAGCUACCGGGCCAGCUCGGUGCUGAGGCUCACCGUCUUCGUGGGGGCCUACGCCUUCUGA